CAGUAACUGAUCAUCGUAGAAGGUCCUGUAGAUAAGUUUACAUUGAGAUAUUGUACUGUGGUAAUCACAGAACAUGUCAGACAACACAGCAUUGCUGAUGGUUCUCUUCUUUUGCCUCUGUGAUAACCCGUCCUGCUACAGGAUCGAGCCUGGCACCAUGGCUGGCAUCAUCAUUGCAGACGUGAUCCUGACCAUUGCCAUUGUCAUUGUCACGUACCACUGUGCCAGCCGACGCAGACGUCGAAAAGAGAGGGCUGAUAAAGUCUACAUGAAUGUCAGGGCAAACUGCAAAACAUGAGAAUCCUCAGCAAGCACCAGAAUUCUUGUUAGAUAUAUUUGUAUAUACUGUGCAAUCUUGUUUUACAUCAUAUCUGUCAAUACAUUCUUGUGAUUUGAUUUGAAGUGUCUCAAUGAACUGUUUUUUCACUGCCACCUCCUGGUGAAAACUCAAAUCUACACCUUCAGAUGUAAAAAAUCACACUGAAAGUUAGAAUUAUUUCAAGAUUUACUCAAAUAAA